CUUUGUGUCUUACCAUUACGCCGAGGAAAGAUUCAGAAAGUGUCAGUUAAAGGUAGCUUCGCAUCUUGGAGAGCAACGUGCACGAGCAAAUUUCAUGGCUAGGGUGCUGCCUUCAUCGCUGACCCCUCACAUAUGCAUCCUUCCUUCUCAAGACCUUGAAGAGCUCCUUCAGUCUUCUGCUCUACCUUCCCUCCAUCAUAUAUUACAGUCCUUUUCCCCAUUACCACAAGUCACAACUCGCACUACUACUUUGACCACUGUACCCCAUGCAUCAUUUGCACUUCGCUUUUCUGACUUGACGGAAAUCGAGGCCGCUUGUCGCGAAGAUGAGGAACAACGCGCCACACGAACUAUUGACUGGAUUGGUGACCGUAUCAGCAAACGCUGCGCCAAAUGGGUAGAUGAUUUUGAAAAGAUGAACGAUCGAGAUGUUGCAAGAACACCUUGGUGGGAUGAAUUGAGACGUUGUGCCGAAGGAGAUCACAUCCCGGCUAGAGAUGAGGGGUGGAACCAUCCAAUGUCAAUAAUACUAGCAGUCUCUACUACAGCCCCAAAUCCGUUGCAAGCAAUCACGGCCUUACAUUCCCAAAUACUAGACUUUCCAUCAUGGGUAGACGUCACACAUCUCAUUUACACCCUUAUAAUUCAUCCCAAGAACUCUCCGCUCUCUGAUGAAGAAGCAGGCGCACUCUUCAACGCUGUUAAGAAACAAUAUGGUCUACACACUUACCUUCUCUCUCUUGAGCUUCCAUCCCCUCCUCCACCACCCGUAUCUAUUCCAGCACUUGUUCCUCGAUUACCGCCACCUACUAUUUCCAAUGGUUCUGCCGAUGCCGUGCGCCCUGACCUAAAGACCGCACAGACGGUCCCAUUGAAUACUCUCAGAAUGUCUGAACAAGACAUCCAACAAACUGCCAGAUUUGCACGAGAAUUCGUCAUCAUGAACUUGGUUCCAUGGAUGGAGAAAUGUGUGAUAGAAUGGAACGAGACAUAUUCCUCGAGCCGAAGACUACCGUUACGCUUGUUUUCGUCAACGCGUCGGCUUUUUGGAACUUCGUCUGCAACCCCAGUACACUCCUCUUCACCUUCUCUGCACACACGUUCGAGCACAUACACCGCACCUCAGUCCUCACUAUCUGGUUCCACCAUCCCUCCACCAUCCCAGCAACGACGCUUAGCUGAGUUUGCAACAAUCCUUGGUGACUUCAAACUAGCAGUUGCUGUCUGGGAAUCACUGCGGAAGGAAGGGAAGGGAGGCUCCGAUAUCCUCCCUUUGCUCAUUGCUCCCUCGCCAGCCGUGCAGCUCCACGCCUCUCAUGCUUUGAAUACCAUCUACCCCCAAAACGCCGAGCUUCAUUCACAUACACAAUUACGCGCCUUGCAAUAUGCUGUGCGAUGGGAAUCGACACUCACCAUUGGCGACUUUCUAAGUGAUACCCUCGAGGGUGAGCGAUGGCUUGUCUGGGCUGCAGGCAACGCAGAAGAACCACCAGCAGCCCUCUUGUUAGCUCAUGCUGCACUCCUCAGUGUUCGAAAGAAUGCAAGACGGCGAGCAGCGCUGUGGUAUUUCUUCGCUGCAAACCGCCUGGAGAAAUGUGGUAUUAAACCGUUAACUAUGUAUUUCCUUCGGAGGGCCCAUGAAUUAUCCCUCUCCCGACCGGAAAAACUCUUGUCGCCAUCAUUCUGGAUGUCCGAAAACAGACAACCAUCAGACUUUGAAGGCUUUGAUGCUAUCAUGUCCGGUAUUGAGCAUCCACUUGGAAGAUUGCUAUAUACAACUGGGGACGCACCAGGCGCUGUGCGGCACUUUUUGGGUCUCUUGCGGUGGUCUUCAGCAUCGUCCUCUCCACUCGCUCAGCUCUCCAGUCAUACCGUGGACAUCACGAAGGAUCCGAGUAGUUCGGACAAAGUGUUUUUGGAGGAUUUCCAGGUUGCUAUUUCGCACUUGAAGUCGAUAUCUGGGGAGCAAGCACGCCUUGAGGAUGUCAAGCUGCCGCUUCGCUUCGUUAUCCCCUCGCAGACCUGCGUUCGCUUAGCUCGAGACUCUGUCGAGGGCGAACAGUCCGAGUGGGAGACUCGGGAAGAGAUUUGGUCGUCCUUCUGGAAACAUCGAGGCAAUGAGAAGCUUGAACGAAGUGGAAAUGCUGCUGUAGAAGAGGCAUUCUGGGUUGAUAUCACCCUACGCAAUCCCCUCGAUACAGAGGUCGUGUUAGCCAGUCCAACGGUGGUAGUCGAGUCGUCUUCUGGAGACGCUGCCUGGAUUCGAGAUAACAUCACAAUCGAGACUACCGAGGAUACUAUCCUCUAUGCCAACGAAUCCCGCACAAUCUCCAUUGCCAUUAAGGCUUCCAAACCAGCAUCGCUGGUUAUCGCAGGCGUUGCUUAUGACUUCCUGGGUCUUCUUCCGACGGUGGAAUCGCUAGCACGCCGCGGUCGCAGGCUACAGGACACACCUCAGCAGAGACAAACAAUCGCAUAUGCCCCUGAAGAGCUCUUGAAACUCGAUGUAGAAGAGGCCAGCCAAGAGCUCGCGGUGGCGUUUGUGGACGAUGGACCGCUUGUGCUUGCUGAAGGAGAGUGUAAGCGGAUGAAGCUGUUGAUGUCGAAUGCUGGUUCGAGGGAUAUCGGGGAGGUGUGGGUUGUGCCUGGUGCUGAGGAUCAGAUCUGGAUCGAGCCUUUGGAUAGUGGGGAAGGUUCAGCUACGGGCAUGGCAUGGAAAACAUGGCAGUCCGAUAAUAAGAUCGUUCCACCAACUCCAUACAGUAUACCCCUCGCAGAGAAGCUCGCGAGGUCUGGGAACACCGAAGUCACGAUUGUUUUACACGCAGGUCGCACGCGGAAACAGGACUUGUCGCUUCUCUUCAUUUAUCGCGAGGCACAAGGCAGUCCGUUCCAUUCCACGCGUGUCAUAAGGAGUUAUGAGGUCGUCCAGGGCCUCCAAAUUUCUACCGCCUCGCACCCGAGUCACUCGCCAGAUCAUUCGUUUUCGUUAAGCCUGGACCUGACUAACAUCUUAUCUUCAAGUAAUGUGGAGAUCAACCAAAUAAUAACGAUCGGCGCUAGUUGGUUGUGUUCUCCCCUCGCUGAACUGUGGCCUGAGCCUUUGCGUCCGUCUCAAUCAGCGCGUAUGUCGUUUGGUGCCACCUCCACCGGCGAUUGUACGAGUGUAAAUGCAGUCUCAGCAUUCGUCUCGAGGAAACUGAGCAACGUGCUGCAUGGUCAAGCUAUCGGGCCUGACGAUCCGCCACCGCUGGAGCUCCUCUGCGGACAUGUCUCCCAGACAUUUGCCUACGAACCGUUCGUCGCCCACUUCAUCAUGAACGCGCGGCGAAUAGCCGUCUCUAGCUCGCUCGCUCAAUCGCAUCCCCGAAUACCCACAUCAUCUCAUCCUAGCAUCUUCCCAUUGUACAACCCCCUUUCUGUAGAUUUCGUCGUCUUCUGGAAGAUCCCUUCUGAGCAGCGUUCCGGUCAUAUCCUUAUUUCUGAUAUUACUCUUGGUGCAAGUCAUGCUGCACUUCGAGAAGUGCUCGAGGGUGUAGAGAGCGCCAAAGUCAAGCGGAGCAUGUAUGCUGAGACACAACGGGAGAAGGUGGAGAUGCUGCAAGCUAUCCGGGAUAGCGAGUGGAACGCUGAGAUGAAUCCGGUUGUUAUGACUGUGAAUGAUGGUUUGGUGAUAGAGCAUGAUUUCAGCCAGGGGGCUUGUUUGACUCCUGUGGAGUUUACGAUUCGUAACCAUUCCUUGUCCCAUCCGUCGCGCUUUGUUCUUAGACUCGACCAUCGUCAACAAUCAUCGUUACAUCAUCUACCUGCACCAUAUUGCGGCCGGACGACCUUCAGAGGGCUUCUGGAGCCGUUGCAGACAACGUCUGUCCUCGCCCAGUUGUGUGCUACUUGUCCAGGAACGUAUGCGCUGUCAGGCUGGCGGCUGGAGACUGAGGUAGGCGAACCUGGCAGGGAGGAUGGGUCAUGGCAAGUAAGGCACCGUUACGAGCAGAGGGCGGCUGCGGACGACUCUUCAUCGAUCAUUGUAUCGGAUCUCUCGCUACCAUAAUGUAUGCACAGGGGAUAUAUUACGGAUAUAACCAAACA